UGGAAAAGACCGGGGAGGCGUGGGGAGAGGCAUGAAGUUGGAGCCUGCCAGUGGGUCCCAAAGGCAGCAGCCGAGACUCAGAUGAGAUCCUGAGGCUUACAAGUGUGGCGGCAACCUCCCACAUUCUAGGGAGAAAAGUUUAAGUUUUCUUUCUGUACCGGCUCAGGUGGAAGAGAUGCAGCACUGAGUGGAGAGAGGUUGGGCACCCGACGGGAUUGAGCCACCAUCGCUGUUUGUUAGUGUCCUUGUCGCCUUCCAGUGUCCUCCACCAGUUUUGUGAGGUCUUUGCAAGAGUAACGAGAUGUUUCUUUUCUUGAUUUAGUUAUUGGAGGGCUAUGAACAUCUCAAUAGAGAUAUCUGUAGUGGUGAAGGAAUGGAGGUUGCCUGGUAAUAAGCACACAUAACAUUUCCCUUUUUUUAUUUAGUUAUUUUUGCGGUGCUAAAUAUAUUGACUCAUGGUCUUAUGGCAUGUGUUCUACCACUGAGCUGUGUUCACAGCCUGCACCUCCGCUUUUUAACUGAAAUUCUUGGAGAGUUUUGCUCCCAACUGCUAUUUGGGGACAUGGUAUUCUCAGGGAUAUACUUGCCAAAGAAUCUUGAAUUGUUUCUAUUUAUUAUAUUGCCACUGCAAGGUAUUCCUAACCAUUGUUCCAAUUGGACUAAAUAAGUAUAAAAAUAAAGAUUUGAUUUUGCAGCCUUAGUAAUAGGAAGAACAGUUGUGGACAGCACUUCCACAAGCUGACUCAGGGUUUCUUAAGGAAUCACAUGAGCUGAGUCCAUGUUCCUCCUCUCAGUCCCCAUCCCAUUCCUAUCUUGUAGUCACAAGAUUAGUCAUGUCUCUUCCUGAAGCCUACCUGGCCUCUGUACUGGGAGAGAUGAUUUUCCUAGGAAACCAGAUUCCUGAAGCUAUAUCUCUAGGAGGAACUUCAAAGACAGGUAUCCCCAGGAGUUUCCUUUGGUUUCUCAGUCUUUAAUUUGAUGAAUGCCAUCAUGGGAAGUGGCAUCCUUGGCUUACCUUAUGUUAUGGCUAAUACAGGUAUCCUUGGAUUUAGUUUAUUGCUGCUGAUGGUUGCUCUCCUGGGUUCUUACUCAGUUCAUCUCCUGCUUAGUAUGUGUAUUCAGACAGCUGUAACAUCUUAUGAAGAUCUUGGACUUUUUGCAUUUGGAUUACCCGGAAAGGUGGUGGUGGCAGGCACCAUAAUAAUUCAGAAUAUUGGAGCUAUGUCAUCUUAUCUUUUAAUUAUUAAAACAGAGCUUCCUGCUGCUAUUUCAGAAUUUUUGACUGGAGACUAUAGUGGGUCGUGGUAUCUGGAUGGACAAACACUACUAAUAAUUAUUUGUGUUGGCAUAGUGUUCCCUCUUGCUCUUCUUCCCAAAAUAGGCUUUCUUGGCUACACAAGUAGUUUAUCAUUUUUCUUUAUGGUGUUCUUUGCUCUUGUGAUAAUAAUUAAAAAAUGGGCCAUCCCUUGUCCUCUGACAUUAAAUCAUACAGAGGAAUUCUUCCAGAUUUCAAAUGCUACAGAUGAUUGUAAACCAAAGCUCUUUCAUUUCUCCAAAGAGAGUGCUUACGCUAUACCAACCAUGGCUUUUUCAUUUCUCUGCCAUACCUCAAUAUUGCCGAUAUACUGUGAACUUCAAAGCCCAUCAAAGAAAAGAAUGCAGAAUGUAACCAAUACAGCAAUUGCUUUAAGUUUUCUCAUUUACUUUAUAUCUGCCCUCUUUGGUUACCUCACUUUUUAUGUAUUUUUUUUAUUUACAGACAAAGUGGAGUCAGAAUUACUACAAGGUUAUAGUAAAUACUUGCCACAUGAUGUUAUUGUCAUGACUGUGAAGUUAUGCAUACUAUUUGCUGUGCUUUUGACAGUCCCUCUAAUCCACUUCCCUGCCAGAAAAGCUUUAAUGAUGAUGUUUUUCUCCAAUUUUCCAUUCUCAUGGAUUCGCCAUUCUUUGAUUACUCUAGUACUCAAUAUCAUCAUUCUUUUACUUGCAAUAUAUGUUCCUGACAUUAGAAAUGUUUUUGGUGUAGUUGGGGCCAGUACAUCAACAUGUUUGAUUUUUGUAUUCCCAGGACUAUUUUAUCUUAAACUUAGUAGAGAGGAUUUUCUUUCAUGGAAAAAGCUUGGGGCUUUUGUUUUGCUCAUCUCUGGAAUUUUGCUUGGGAAUUUUAGUUUAGCACUCAUCGUGUUUGAUUGGAUUAACAAAUGAAAGAAUAUUUUCCUACUUAUGAAGAAUAAUUUACCUACAUAAGCAAGAAGGAAUAAUUCUGGAAGCCACUUCGAUGAAAAAAUACAUUUUUAUUAAAAUCAUUAACAGAAUAAAGCAGAACAUAAUGGCAGUGUGUAGGAGAAAGUAGAAAUAUAGCAGUUUAAUUAAAAUAAGAAACAAACUCAAAAUGCUCUUAAGUAUUUUGAGUCAAUGUUUCAUUUACGGGGAUUUUUAAAAUCAGUGGACUUUUUUUUUUUUAAGAGUAGUUUUGUGUCUUCAGAAUCAUUGAGCAGUUUCUCCUAUUAUUAACACCAUGUAUUAGUUACACUUAAUGAGACCAUUUUGAAACAUUAUUAACUAAAGCCAGUUGUUUACCUUCGGGUUCAUUCUUGCAGCCACUAGCAACCACUGUUUGUAUUGUCUUUUUACUGUCUCCAUAGUUGUUUUUUUUUUUUUUCCCCCCCAGAAUACCAUCUGGUUGGGAUCAUAUAAUAGUAUGUGUCCUUUCAGACUGGUUUCUUUCGGCUUAACUAUAUACAAUGAUGUUUAUUCCAUGUCUCUUAUGACUUGAUAGUUCAUCUCUUUUUUAAUAAUAUUCUGAAUAAUAUCCCAUUGUAUAUAUGUACCACAGUUUAUUUCUUCACUUAUUGAAAGACCUUUUUAUUGCUUCCAAGUUUUGGCAAUUGUGAAUAAAGCUGCUGUAAAUCUUUGUGGUA